AUGGCUGCCGCCGCCGCACCCCCCGCCGCUCCCAAUGCGACGACUCGUCCCCCAGGAACCUACUUCCCCUUGGGAUACAAAGAUGCCGUCUAUCAAUGGUGGACAAGUGUAACUCCGCAAAUGGCCGAACGCAACGUCCUGUCACACAUCCCUUACCUCAAAGAAGCCCGCGAAAACGCCUCCCUCGACUCGACCAAACCAGACCCCUUUGGCCAGCGCGUAUGGAAGUCCCAAAUGGUCGAGCUCUCCGGCAAGAACCGUGCCUUGAACGAAUACUCCAUCGAGCGCGUCGGCGAGGAGGUCGACAACAACCUCGUCAUCGUUCACGGCUACGGCGCCGGCCUCGGCUUCUUCUACAAGAACUUUGAGCCCCUUUCCCGCCCCAAGGGAUGGAAGCUUUACGCCCUUGAUAUGCUCGGCAUGGGCAACUCCACGAGACCGCCAUUCAAGGUCACCGCCAAGGACCAGGAGGGCAAGACUGCCGAGGCCGAGGCCUGGUUCAUCGAUGCCCUCGAGGAGUGGCGCAAGAAGCGCAACAUUGACAAGUUCACCCUCGUCGGCCACUCCCUCGGUGGAUACCUCUCCAUCGCCUACGCGCUUAAGUACCCCGGCCACCUGAAGAAGCUCAUCCUCGCCUCGCCCGUCGGAAUCCCCGAGGACCCCUACGCGGUCAACGCAGCCAUGCCCGAGCCCGAAGAAUCGACCCUCCAGAACGAAUUCACACAGGAUCAAAACGAAAUCACCAGCAACGGCCAAAACACAGUCGGAUCACGAAACAACAAGACCAACGCGCCCAACACACCGAAGCGCCCACUCCCAGGCUGGCUCGUCUGGCUCUGGGACGCAAACGUUUCCCCCUUCAGCAUCGUCCGCUUCACCGGCCCUCUCGGCCCCCGUUUCGUCUCUGGCUGGACCUCCCGCCGCUUCAAUCACCUGCCGCAAGAAGAGUCCCAGACGCUACACGACUACGCCUUCUCCAUCUUCCGCCAGCGCGGCAGCGGCGAGUACGCCCUGCCGUACAUCCUCGCCCCCGGCGCGUUUGCCCGCAGUCCCAUGGUCAACAGGAUAGACGGCGUCGGCCGCCAGGUCAUUGAGAAGAGCACGGGCGAGAAGUUCAAGGAGACGGGCAUCCCUAUUGUCAUGAUGUACGGCGAGAGCGACUGGAUGGACAAGAAGGGUGGUGUCGCAGCGGCCGAGAAGCUGAAGCAGGCUAGGUUGCAGGCACUGCUGAACGGGACUGAGGAAGAGAAGAGGAGGGAGAAUGGCUCGGCAAAGGUUAUUGAGGUGUCGAAGGCGGGUCACCACCUUUACCUGGAUAACGCCGAGGAGUUCAACGACUACAUUCUCAAAGAGAUGGAGGAUGUCCAGAAGAGCAAGCUAUAG